GUCCCAGGCUGAAGCAGACCACGGGAUCAAUGGCAUGAAGAACACUGGCCGCGCAGAGGAAGUGCAACAGAGGGGCGAGUGAACCAGCUGGGAGAAGAGACAGAGAAAUGCGCAACUGCUGGACGGCAUAGUUUUGGAUUCAGACAAAAAGAUCCAAAACAAAGAUCCAGGAUCUGCGUCCACCUUGUCUCUUGCUGCAUCCCGCUUCUCUGAUACUGCAAACAUGGAUCGCUCAGCGCAGGAGCUCUUCCUCAACUUCAUGAUCGUCUUAAUCACUGUGAUGCUCAUGUGGCUGCUGGUGAAAACAUAUCAGGACUGAACUAUGGGCCUCCUGAGCUACGGAGGAGUGUGUGGUGGGCCUUCAUACUUAGAUAUUGAGCUGAUGUGAUGCGGAUGUACGAUCAUUAAGACACUAUUAUGGAGAAUAAAAUCUGCUUUUAAUAUAGUU